AAGCUAGUGGGAGAGAGUGUAAACAAAGGGAUGAUGGGAAAUGAGGGCAGCACAUUUUGGUGAAAGCUUUGAUGAGUGGAAGUCUUCUCCCUCGUCAGAAAGCAGCUGAGCUUCUUUCCGCAGAGUGGAGCCUCUUCUGCCGCGAGACGAUCUUUGCGGGCGUGAGCUGCGGUCUCCGUGACAGAAAGAGGAGCGGGGAGGCGACAGAGGGACUAUUUCCAUUCACCUCCGCGGGCGGACAGGGACGAGCUGCGGCCACAGAAGAUCCAGAAAGUGACAACAAAGGAAAUUAACUUGGCAACAAAUCCCAGAUGGCUCAUGGUGUCCAUGAAGAAGACCUGCAUCAAACAUGAAAUGACAUCCUUUGGAUAUCACUUCUACUACCCAGCUAAGGGAUUGACGGGCUAAUUUGACCCCUUUGAGCUCUCAGACCUUGACAGAUGACACUUUCCCUUUUUCAUUUUUGUGAGAAGAUGAUUUUUGACUGGCUUCAUACAUUUUCUGCUUUGUUUUUGGUGAAAGAGCCUGGCUCUAGUUAACUCUUUUUUUUUUUCUUUCUGGUUGACGGUUUGAGAAUCCAGAAAUUCGUGGAUUAAAGUACGAUGCUCCACACAGACGCUUGGGAUCGGUCUACUUAUUUGUGAUUUGUAAACAGUCCUUUGCUUCAGGAGCCGUGUAUGUUGUGCAAACAUCAUCAACACCAUGCAGUAUCUCUGAGACAGACGCCAAACAAGUCCUCCUCCAGCUCUGCUGUCCACAUCUGCCUCUGGGGAACAGAUGCCUUAGAUGGAGACCAGAGAGCAGAUAAAGCUGAUUCAUUGACAAGCAGGAGUACAAACGCACUGUCUGGCUGCAGGGCGAGGAGCACUCAACGUGGGACUCUGUUCGACUUUUAGUUGUUAUGGGUUUGAACACCUGCUGACCAUCAACAGGAAUGGUCAUCAGUUUGGGAAAACCUCCUGAUUGGAUCAUGCAAGGGCAAGAUCCAUCUUGAUUGAAAAAUCAGAACUUAAUAAAAAACUUUUCUCCCCCCCACUUACCUCUGGUGGGGGGGAGGGUGAAGGGUGUUUUCUGUUUUGCGGUGUAGAAGUAAAGAUUUUUAGCUGUAGUCUUUAGACAUUAGGUUGUAGCCUAGAUUGUUGGCCAGCUUGAUUCCGUCUCUGCUGUGUUUUUAGUUUGUAUCAGUGUUUGGACUACCCUGACCCAGCAGUUAGGCAUUCUUUUUUGAAUCAGCUUUUAGCUCUACAUCAGCUGUGAUCCAAGCUCUCCACUUUACCAUUUAGCCUCCGAGUUAGCUGGAAGGCAGUGACUUACUCUGAUCUUACCUACCGGGAUGGCCAACAGCGUUUGGGCUCUUCAGUUUACCACACAGGAUUAGUUCAUCUUGGCCCAAAAACACAGAUCAGUCUAAAGUUCACUGGACGUUAGCCUGUGGGCUACUUUAAAAAUGGAUGCCAAUCAAGGCCCGGGCCAAGGCAGUCCUGAAAGCCCUAACCGGGCUGUGGAGUAUCUUCUAGAACUCAACAACAUUAUUGAGAGCCAGCAGAAACUUCUCGAAACCCAAAGGCGCAGAAUUGAGGAGCUGGAGGUCCAACUAGACCGUCUCAGCCAAGAGAAUAAGGACCUGCGUUUGGACAGACAACCCGUUGCUCCUCCUCCACCUGCACCUCCUCCUGAACCUCCUAUCCCUCCACCACCUCCACCCCCUCCUCCAACUCAGACUGUACCGACAUCCAUAACCACCAAAAACCACCACCAUUACAACAGCCACCCCCACACUUCACCCCAGCCUCCCACUUCUAUCCCCCUGCACCACAGCCACCACAUUCAGCAACAGCAUCACCACCCCUCCACCCAUCACUCCUACAACAGCACUGCAGCAACUUCUGUUCCUGUUUCUGCGGCACCUUCAUGCAAUCCAACCCCCAUCUCUGUCCCAACCCAAAUUCCACCCCCAGCCUCCUCUGCCUCGGCUCCAGCUCCACCACCACCUCCUCCAAUUCCACCCAGAGAUCAGCCACGGGCCCACAGCCGACUGACCCGGGCGCCUUCCACCAGCACUGGAACCAACACUAACUUUGUGGAGAAAGAGAGAGAGCGGCUUGAGCGCCUGCACAGAGCCAACGCUGCCAAUAACCACCAUGCCCACACCCUCCACCACAACAAACCUGUGGAGGGCGACGCUCAGUGUCCGGAGACACUCACCUUUUCUGAUUCAUCCUUUGGUCAUCCGCCUCCCUUCCACCGUUAUAGCAACAGCCCCCUCCCCAGCCUCUGUGACCCCUACAGUCCAGGGUCCACCGGCAGGCCCCUGGGAGCCUCCUACGUACACACACAGGGCAGCUCUCCCGUUUCUCCCCCCAGCCCAGCGAGCCUCGCCUGGGCCCAGCGCAGCAGACAUCAGCCGGCCAGCCUGGCGCUCCGUAAGCAAGAGGAGGAGGAGAGCAAACGCUGCAAGGCGCUAUCUGACAGCUAUGAGCUCUCUACGGACCUCCAGGACAAGAAGGUGGAGAUGCUGGAGAGGAAGUAUGGGGGUCAGUUUGUGUCCCGGCGGGCUGCGAGGACGAUCCAGACGGCGUUCAGGCGCUACCGCAUGAAGAAGAACUUUGAGAGACUUCGCAGCUCGGCCUCAGAGAGCAGAAUGACCCGCCGCAUCAUCCUGUCCAACAUGAGGAUGCAGUACUCAUUUGACGAGCGGCCGUCACAGGGUCAGGGGUCAGCAGGUCAGCAGGAUUCGGAGGACACGGGAGACGUGGAGGACUCUUUCUCAAAACAGGUCAAGUCCCUGGCUGACUCCAUGGACGACUCCCUCACCUGUCAGUCUGGACGUGAAGACUCUCAGGACGUUGGAGGAGAAGGAGAGGACGAUGAGGACGAGGAAGAGGGAGAUGAGGAAGAAGAGGAGGAGGAAGAGGAGGAAGACGAUGAUGACUACAGGCAGUGCGGAUGGAGAAACACCAAUACAUCUUCCCGACGCCCCACUGGCCGGGCAGAAGGAAUUAGGGGAGGCAUGGGAGGAGGUGCCGCCAUGCACGAGGACAGCACCGCCACCUCCUUCAGCGAUGUGACCCUCUACAUGGACGAAGGCUGCCUCCCCUCCUCACCGCUCUCCCGACCUGCUUCCAGCACCGACACAGACUACUGGGGAGGCGGAGGUGCAGGGGGGAGAGAGGACAGCCGAGAGACGGAGGGGGGCAGCAAUCCCAGCCGGAGGAGCAGCACUCCGUGCACCGAGUGCCGAGGGGAGUAUAGAGUAAGGGCAGCAGGAGGAGGAGGAGGACAUCUUCCUGUUCUCACCAUCGAGCCACCCAGCGAUAGCUCUGUGGACAUGAGUGACAGGUCGGAACGCGGAUCCAUUGGUCGUCUGAUUUAUGAACAGGAGCCAUCAGGAGCUGAACGAGAAGGAGCAGAGAGAGGAAGAGGAGGCGGUGAAGGAGAAAGUGGAGAGGAUGAGCGAGGUGAAGGAGGUGGAGGCAGCAGUGAAACAGACUCUCCUCACGGGACCAUCAAACACAAACCGAACGGCCGCUCUGUCGCCACGGCACAAGGACAAACUCGCAGCCCCUCCAACGUCCCUCUGCCCAUGCCGUCAGCUCGGACCUUGCCCUCACACCCGCUUCCCCACCCUCACCCUCAUCCCCACCCUCACCCGCAUCCCCACCUUCCACCAAUCCCACAUCUCCCCACCAUUCUGCACCACCACCCGCAGUACAACCAGCCACAGAUCAUGCACAUGCACCAUGGCAGCAGCCCGUACAUGCAGCAGCACUUCGCCCAGCACCACUACCACCACCUGCACCACCAACACCAACACUUCCCCCUUUCUUACGCAGAGCCCCCGUCAUCCCCGCUGCCCUCCCCGGUUCCGCCUCUCACUCCUCUAUCCCCACUGCCACCGCCGCUUACACCCUCCCCGCUCUCCUCCUCCUCAUCCUCAGUCCUUCAAAACAUGGAGGCCCAGCAACACCUUGCCCACCACUCUCACCUCCACCACCAUCACCUGCUGUGCUCAGAUGGAGACAACGAGAGCGUCAACUCCACCACCACCAACUCCAAUGACGACACGACUGUCAACAACUGCAGCUCCGGCUCCUCGUCGCGCGACAGCCUGCGGGAGCCAAUCGGAGGAACGCUGGGGAAGCAAACCUAUCAGAGGGAGAGCCGCCACAGUUGGGAUUCCCCGGCCUUUAACAAUGAUGUGGUGCAGCGCAGGCAGUACCGCAUCGGACUCAACCUGUUCAACAAGAAGCCGGAAAAGGGGAUCCAGUACCUGAUUGAGAGGGGUUUUGUGUCCGACACACCGGUGGGCGUCGCCAGGUUCAUCCUGGAGAGGAAAGGACUGAGCAGGCAGAUGAUUGGGGAGUUCCUGGGCAGCAGACAGCAGUUCAACAAGGAUGUUCUCAACUGUGUCCUAGAUGAGAUGGACUUCUCUGGGAUGGAUUUGGACGAUGCUCUGAGGAAAUUCCAGGCGCAGAUCAAGGUUCAGGGUGAAGCUCAGCGGGUGGAGCGCCUGGUGGAAGCUUUCAGUCAGCGAUACUGCAUCUGCAACCCGGUGCUGAUCCGCCAGUUCCAGAAUCCAGACACCAUCUUCAUCCUGGCAUUUGCCAUCAUCCUCCUCAACACAGACAUGUACAGCCCCAACGUCAAGCCGGAGAGGAAGAUGAAGCUGGAGGACUUCAUCAAAAACCUACGAGGCGUUGAUAACGGGCAGGACAUCCCCAGAGACCUGCUGGUGGCCAUUUACGGGAGGAUCCAGAAGUGGGAGCUGAGGACCAACGAUGACCAUGUGUCCCAGGUUCAGGCGGUGGAGCGGAUGGUGGUCGGCAAAAAGCCUGUGCUGUCACUGCCUCAUCGCAGGCUGGUGUGCUGCUGUCAGCUGUUUGAGGUUCCCGAUCCAAACAGAGCUCAAAGGAGUGGCGUCCACCAGAGAGAAGUCUUCCUGUUCAAUGACCUGCUCAUGGUGACAAAGAUCUUCCAGAAGAAGAAGACUUCUGUGACGUACAGUUUCAGACAAUCAUUUCCUCUUCUCGACAUGCAGGUCCACACCUUCCAGAACUCCUACUACCCUCACGGCAUCAAGCUGACCUCUGCCAACCCUGGAGGGGAGAGGAAGGUGCUAAUCAUCUUCACUGCGCCGAGCCAGCAGGACCGGGCGCGCUUCACCUCUGACCUUCGAGAGAGCAUCGCAGAGGUCCAGGAAAUGGAGAAGUACAGGGUGGAGUCUGAGCUAGAAAAGCAGAAAGGUGUGAUGCGUCCCGGCAUGCUGGCGGGAGGGGCGGGAGCGGCAGGGGGCGGAGCCGGCUCGGGCGGAGGCCCCAUGAAGAGCGAGGUUGUGAACGGCACCCUGGGCAGGCCCAGCCUCGACGACACGUACGCCUCAGUGGACGGCCUGAAGCGCACGGCGCUCAGCUCCUCACUCAGAGACCUCUCAGAGACAGGGAAGCGAGGUCGUAGGAACAGUGUGGGCUCACUGGACAGUACCAUUGAAGGUUCUAUCAUUAGUAGCCCUCGGUCCCACCCACAGCGCCCCUUGCCGGCUGUAGGUCCAUGUUACAGCCCCAUGAUGAUCCCGUCGUCUCCAACAGCCUACCGGCCACACCGCCCUACUCAGAGCCCCGGUACAGGGGUGGGGGGUGGGCCGGGGCUCUGUCACAACCAGGGAGGCGUCCAUACCUCCCCUCUCGUGAGCGGGGUAGGGGUUGGGGGCGGAGGAGGGAUGCCCAGCGGGGGUGGUCAAGCAGGAGGAGGCCGGAUGGUGAGCUUUCUUGGCAGCCGCAGAGGGAAGGCUCCUGGUCCCCUGACGAUGACCUCUCCUCCUCCUCAGGGUCCUCCGAGUCCCCUGCUGAUAUCGUCACCCCCCCACUACCCCGCCCCCGCACCUCCAAUCCUCCUCCCAUCCUCCCCUUCCCCAUGCCCCUCCCCAUCACCCAACCUCGGUCAGUCAGACUCAGUAGGAGUUGGAGGGGUAGGAGUUUCAGGCGGGGGACCGUCCAAGCUCCAGGCUUUGCACGCCCAGUACUGCCACAGCAACAGUGGAGGAGGUGGAGUAACUGGCCACCAAGCGCAGCAGACGCCACCUCCCCCCUACAACCACCAUCACCGCUACCACAUGCAGAGCAUGCCGCAACACCACGCCCUCUCGCACAGGUUCUCGUUGCCCCGCCGGCAAGGCCCGCCCAGCUGUGCUCCCGCUCCUGCCCAGCCACAUCAGAGGUUGCCGCACGGCACCGCCCACCACCCACGCUACAAUAUGGCCUCAGGCUUCACCACGCCCCCACCACUGUCCCCUCACUCCCCCGUCACCCCUACUACCCCACACGGACUCUAUCACUCACACCCUGCGGCCGGGCGACCGGGAGGGGGCACCAAGCUCCCCCUGACAAUCUCACACUCCCAACCCCACCCCCACGCUCACACACACACUCACAAUCACGCCUUGCACACACACUCCCCCCUAAGCCCUUCCCCAUCCGCCUCCACCCACUUCAUCUUCUCCACCCCCCCUCCUCAGACCCCCUCAGCCCGCCUCGUCACCCAGACGUCUCCACUACCCUAUAUACCCCAAUAUCCGCCACUAUCGUCCAUCCCUCCUCCCCCGCCGCACUCCCCAUUACCUCCUCCAUCAGGCACCCCACUGUCACCACACCCCCCAGGGGCAAGUCAAGGGGGAGCUCCCAAAUCCAAGCCUGUCAGCCGGAUCAGCACGGUCGUGUGAGGAGGCAGAAGUCCAGGACCGUGGUGCGCCGCCCCACCCUUUUCCACCAGGCAGCAGUUCUGAGGGGAAGGAGGAGACGAGGGGGAGGAGGGCAAAUGCAGGUGCAUCAAAGUGGGCGCCUGGUGAGGAGGAGAGGUGUGAGAGCCGGGAAGAGGAGACUGCUCAGCCUGUGUUACUUUCACAUCAACUUCCCCAGCAUGUAAACCUCUGAAGGACCUGGACUCCCAGGUGGGGCAAACCCCCCCCUGCAGGAAGCCAACAAAAGCUCACACCAUGGAAUUGGUCUUCACGAGAAGCUGAAGGAGCGCUCUCACAUCGUCCCGAUUUUCCUUUUGUAGUUUUCUUCUGAAGUCAGCACGAACUCCAGAGGACAUGUUUGGAGUUCUUCAUGAGCAGAAUGACCAGUGGAUCAACGGAAACACGAAUCCAUUGGUCGGUGGAGUCACGUUGAGGUUUUGUCAACUGAGGAGGACAAGCGGUUUAGGGACCAUUCAGAAAGGUAACAGUGCCUGAGAACAGAAAACAAAGGUUCGCACUGGGUGGAAGCACCGUGAACAGUGCUGGGUAACGGGACAGAUUUUAUUUUGAAACCUUGUGAGCAGAGUCCUGCUGAGUUUAAUUCCAAAUUAAAAUGGAAGUAGUCUCAUACUACCUUGUUUUUGAUCGAUACGUAACCUGCUGAGAGGCAAAGCGGGAGUGAUUAGCACUGAUAUGGUGGCGUUUUUGUGUCCUAGACAGACAUGCAUGACCUUGCAAUAGCUAAUGAUUAUCAGUGUGAAUAUGGUUAAAACCCUAUAUGCACGGAGAGGUCUUUGUGGUGAUGUAAAGCCCCAAUCCAGUGUUCAUUUGACAUGAGAAGCGGGUUUCUACAUAGACAAUAAACUUCAAAAAACCUUUAAAUAAGCCAUUUAAACAAAAACUACAGGUGUCUUUUUACCUUUGUGUGUUUGCAAAAAUGACAACAAAGCCUUUAGUGUUUGUGGAUUACAGGGUUCCAGGGGGAGCUGACCUGUUGUUUUGGACUGGGAUGUUCUCCAUUGAAUAGUGUAAAUUUGGGGUUUAUCUGUUCUAAACCUGUGAAUGCUCUCUCUUGUUUUCAAGUGUCCAAGUAUUCAUGGAAGUGUAAACCUGAAUCUGUCAGUAAUAAUAUCUGUCACCUGUACUUUAAGCUUUAUAUUGUAUUCAACUCUCUAUGUUGCCAGACAGGAGAUUAAGCUGAAAGGUGCCAAAUAAGGAAAAAAAAUCUUAAGUUUUACCAACAGGGAGCUCUAUCACUAAAAAAUUAAUAUAUUUUUUGUUAAUUUGGUUUGCCUUUAUAAUUGCUUUUCAGCAGCUAAAUUUAAAGAACCUGAGUGGGAAAUUAUGACUAAUAAAACAGCAGAGUCUUUCCAACCCAUAUACACAAAUAAAUGCAUAAAAAGCUUUUUUUUGUUUCCCUUCUUUCAAAUUUUUCCUAAACA